UCUGUCAAUUAAAAAAAUUGGGUUACAUUCAUUUAAAGAUUAGAAAAUAAACUUUAUAAAUUCGAACGGGAGAUGUGUCAAUAGUUAUUUAGCAUAUUUUUCUUUAUUUGUAAGAAAGUUGAAAAUAAUAGUAAUGAACUUUUCAAUGUAAUAUUAAUAACGUCUAUUGUUAAGAUAACAAAGAUGUUAGCCAGUACUACUACAGAAUUUACUCUUCUAUUAAUAGAUAAUGACACUUGUUUAACGCCUAGAAGGUCUAAUAAAACUGUAAUAAGUAACGUUUAUGAAGGGAUACCAGAGACUAUUGUGUUAAAUGUUGUAUCUUGGGUGAUACUUAUUCUUUUGUUUGCCAUAUUGAGAAAUAGAGCCUGGGAUUAUGGACGACUGGCACUUGUCCACACUGAAAAGUGGACACAACUUUUUUAUAAAAACACCGACGAUGCUGUUGCUGUGGAGGAAUCUAGCCAUGAGGUGUCACUGAUACCUGAUACUGGUUGUUUAUGGUUCCCAUCGAUUUUUAAAAUUACCCGUGAACGAAUUUAUUCUAGAUGUGGGCCAGAUGCUUCUCAUUAUCUCUCAUUUCAGGAACAAUUAUUACUGUUAAUGACUGUUAUUACAUUGUUUUCGAUAUGUGUUGUGCUACCCAUUAACUUUCAAGGCACAUUGCAAGGUGAUAAAACAACAUUUGGACAUACAACUAUUGGAAACCUUCCCUCAGACUCCAAAUGGUUAUGGGUACAUAUAACUGGGUCUAUUGCUGUUGUUCCACUGAUGAUAUUUACAAUGAGAAAAUGUACUGGCCGUAUACCAAGCUCUUCACACCUAUCUUCAAGAACCCUAAUGAUUACAAAUAUAUCUAAACAGCACAGGAAUACAGAGGAUGUUAAAAAUUACUUCACUGUAAGAUAUCCUGGUAUAGAAGUUAAAGACGUUAAAAUGGCACAUAGUGUUAAAAAAUUAACACUGUUAGAACAACAAAGAGAAAGGGCACAUGAAGCAAGAAUGUAUUGCUUGAGUAAUAUUCAAAGAAGUGAAAUUAAAAUUCAACCCAAAGGUUGCAUAGCUUGUUGUCCAUGUAAGACAGUAAAUGCCCUUGAAUAUUACACUUCACAAGAAGAGAAACUUAAUCAUUUAGUUACAAUGGAAAGACAAAGAGCCCUUCAGAGUCCAUUAGGAAUUUGUUUUGUUACUUUAAACUCUGAGGAAAUGGCUCAGUAUGUUCUCCGAUCUUUUGAACCUGGAUCUCAUAGGAAUUGGGUUAUAUUCAAGUCUCCAUCACCAUCAGAUAUUAAUUGGGAAAACUUAGAAAUAUCAUACAGAAACUGGUAUUCUAAAGCAAUUAUUAUUAAUGCUGUACUCUUCAUAAUACUAUUCUUUUUGACAACACCAGUAAUUGUGGUAAAUAUUUUUAACAACCUAACUAACGCUCAAGAUAAUUUUAUAAAAAAGAUCAGCCCUCUACUAUCUGAAUUUCUACCUACUUUACUUCUGUUAUCUAUGUCUGCUGUUAUGCCUGUCAUGGUUGCUUACUCAGACGAAUGGAUGUCUCACUGGACUAAAUCCAAACAAAAUCAUGCUACUAUGUACAAAGCAUUCUUUUUCUUGCUGUUUAUGGUGCUCAUAUUACCUUCUCUAGGUUUAACCAGUGCACAAGCAUUUUUAGAAUGGUCAGUCCAAACAGCAAAUAUUACUUUGAGAUGGGAGUGCAUAUUUUUAGCAGAUAAAGGUGCUAUUUUUGUGAACUAUGUUAUAACUUCUGCCCUUAUAGGUACUGCUUUAGAACUAUUAAGGUUUCCCGAGUUAGCUAUGUAUGCCUGGAGAUUAUUACUCAUAAAAUCUGAAGCUGAAAAAACCACUAUUAGAAAGGAAAUUUUAUCAGUUUUUCCCUUUGGUAUACACUAUGCUUGGACAUUGCUUAUUUUUACUAUUUGUACAGUUUACAGUUUAACUUGUCCUUUAAUUACACCAUUUGGAUUGUUGUAUCUUUGUUUGAAACAUCUUGUAGAUAAAUAUAAUAUUUAUUAUGUUUAUAGACCCAUUACUAUGUCAGGUGAGGGACAAAGAAUCCAUGCUGAUGCUGUUAAAAUGGUUCGGAUUGCUAUUCUAUUGUUACAGUUAAUUACAGCUUUGUUUUUCUUUUUGAGGGCUAAUCUAAACACUACAACUUGCAUUGCUUUCUUAGGAUUUGCAAUGACUGCAAUAUUCUUCUUCUUUAUUGGGCCUUUUCCUAUAUGUAGGCCUCCAUUGAAUGCAUUUGAUUUGCCCGCAUCUAAUGAAGAAUAUAUAGCACCCGUUUUGAUUAGUUCUAGUUCUAUUGAGGCAAUAGACUUAGAUAGAGUAUCUCCAACUUUUUACGGAUCUUCAAAUCCCAACUCGAACGGUAUUAGAUUCCCUGAAAAUGGUUCCAGCGAAGCUUAAAUGUUGCAAAAAAAUAUUUUCGAGGCUGUGACUAAUUUUAGUAAAUACAUUUCUGAAAUUUUACAGGGUUCUUGUCAAAUGUCCAUGUAUUAAAAAAGUUGAAGCUUAUCACUUUUAUUUUUGCAAACAAUAUCAGUGUUUCUUGCAUACCUGGAUCGUAAUUAUUUUAGUAUAAAAAUCUAAAGAUGAGGUACACAUUUUUUUAAUAAUUAAAUAAUUUUCAAAGUAAUUAAAGUGAGGAAGCUUCCAAAAUUAACAUUUUAGUUAGGUAGGUAAUUACUAACACAUAUUGACUAUAGUAAUUUAUUUGUUUUGUUAAAGUUUUGUGGUAUUAUAAAACCAUUUAUAGUUACAAAUACGAAAAGAUCUUUAAAAAAAAUUAAACUAGUCUAAUCAAUUUUAUUAUCCAUUGCCUACUUAAUGUGUUUUAGUUAUGAAUUUACAGAGACAGUUUAAUUAAAUGAUACUGGUUAAGAUAAAAUUCAGCUUACUGCAUGUUAAGGCUGUUUGUCACAAUACUAAAUUAAUGCCUUUUUUAAGUUCUAAAAUAAUUCAGGUCGCAAACAGCAAAUAUUAAAUUUUGUUACUAAAAGAAUAUAUUAAUUAUUCUACUAAAAAUGUUGGGGCAAAGCUUUAAGUUGUUUGGGGAUAUAAGUGUUUUAUAGUGGAUUUAUCAUUUUGUUUUAAAUUAUUUUCUUUCAUUUGUAAUUAUGCCCAUCAAUGGAAAAUUGCAGGGGCCAUUAACUGUUAUAUUUCCAAUUGCAAUAUGAUUCCAGAACAAGUGAAAACCUUUUUCCUAAAAAUUUAAAAAUAUGACAAAUUUGGAGUUUCCAGAUUUUUUGAAAAUAAAUUAUCUUCCAGUAUAUGAAAGGUGAAUUUCAGAUGAUAAUUUAACUAAAUUUUAACAAUAACAAGGAAGUUUUCUUUUUUAUAUUUUGAAUUCCCUAGGAUGCGUUAUGUAGUUCUAGUGAUACCUUUUAAAAAUUUCGGGUUGAAGAUCAUAGAACAUCAAAACAUGUAAGUAUAAUUUGUAGACUCUUUUGCAAUAGAUUUUCUGUAAAUUUAUGGACUACUUGGGAUUCUACGACAGUGGAUUUGAUAUCAAUUCCCCUAAAUUUUUGGAUUAAAAGAUGUUCACUUGUGUUUUUAUAAAUUGUAUAUGAUUUACACUUGAUUCUUUUUUCAAUAUUUUUUUCAUACAAUUUAAAUAGUAAUUUUAUUAAUAAAACAACUAAAUAAUAAUUUUAAUGACACAUAUUCUUUAAAAAUAAAAUAAAUGAUCUAUCUUGAAUCUGCCAACUUCACAAUAAUAAACAUACACCAUAUUUGUCUAAUUUUACGAGAGAUUACGCCAUUGCAUAUGCAUUUAUACUUAAUACUGAAAGUUGCUAUCGUUGCAGAUGGAAAAAUUUAGUGACUAAUAUUUUAAGUUCUAAAUUUAGUGUCCUGACAAACAGCCUUUAGAUAACAGUUUAACUUUUCCAUAUUAAUAUUAAUGCAUAUGAUUUUGAAAUUAAAAGACAGUUUGUUAUCUUAUGUUUAAUUAUGAUAUUAAAAAUUGUCAAAAAGAGCUUUAGAAUUAUUAUUUGUCUCUAACUCUUUUCUUUGAAUUGUUUGUCAACACAUUAAGAAACUAAACUUUAAAUUAUAAGUGAAUUUUAUAUAACUAAUUUUUUUCUGAAUCAUUCUGUAGAUUGUUCUUAGUUUCAAAACCUCUGUAGGUAUAUCAACUUAUACAAGCACACAUAGAAUGGCAAUAAAUCACGGAUAAUAUAUCGGUUAAUUUUUUUAUUUUUUUUUAUAAUAAAAUGGCAGCUGUCUAUGGCGCUUACUGGGUCGUUGAAUUUCCAAUUUAAGUGCCAUUUUUAUACUUCAGUUGUUAUUUAAAUUCCUAAGCGAUAUAUAGAAAAAUAAUACUAACUUACUAUUAACUUUGUAUCUUGCUGGAGUCAUAUAAUGUUUUUAAAUACAGAGUACCUAACAUAAAUUUUAUUCAACAAGCUCUAAAAAUGUUCAACAAAAUACAUAUUCUAGAUUUGAUCUCUGCAGAAUUUCAUCUGUUUAGGUAUAUAAGAGUCUAUUUUAAGUAGGUUUUCGACAAUUUUGAAUAAAAUAUACCUAUAAAUAGAACUACAGGGGGCAUCCGAUACAUAAUAUGAGAGUCGUCUCUUUUUUAAAACUAUAUAAUUUUAUGGUACCUAAUGUAAAUUUCUUUUAGUACGCCCCUUUGUUAAAAAAUAGUCAAGCGUCGCUGAUAUAUUAAAAAUCAUUUUUUUGGCUCCAUUUUUAGAAAUCUAUACUCCCUUAUGAAUGGCUUUAGGACCUACCUUUAUUUAAAUAGGUAAAUCAAUACGUAUUUGAUAAUUAAACAACAAAUGGUUUAUUAUUAAAGCAAUUAAAAAUAAAACAAUUUAAAGAGUUCUGUAAAACAUAUGAAAACCGUAAGAGAUUUUUAUCAGUUUUGUAAAACAGAAAUUAGAUAUUUUUAGACUCAAACUAUUUAUAUUUUAGUUAUAAAAGUAGCAAAAAAUGUAAGAGUACACAAAAUAGGCUUUGUGCUUCUAAAUGGUGCUUCUUUUACUAUGUUAUUAAGAAAGUUUAUAUAUUUUUUUAAACGGUUUUGGAAAAAUAAUUUUCAAUUUCUAAUUUAAAGUGACUGAUCUAAGUUAAAAAUUUAAGAGCUCCUCAAAAAAAAUCAUACAAUUAAACGUUUUCAAAAAAUCGUGUAAAGUAGGGACAUAAGUUGGACAGGCUUUUGGUAGGUGGUCAGGUGAUAAACUUUGAAUCCCAUCGGACGAUUUCGAGAACUUAGCGGUAAUGUUUGUUCGCCAGUUUCAUAUCGUAGAAUAAAAAUUAUAUCAAAACAUCUCUAUUUACAAUUUUUUAAACUAUUUCCUCGAAAUUGUUAUUAGCAUCUAUAAAAUAAUUUUCUACGCCGAUGUAUAGCGCUCACUUCGGUCAUCGUACAUAAACAAGACUAGUAGAAUCACUCCAGCAGAGGAUGAGCAGAGGCCGCCAAUAAAUUCCUCUCUACUCCGUCUAAAAACUCGGCAGGUAUCCUGAUGCUUUGUAGCUCUGUCACUGUUCAUAAGAAAGAUGCCCAACGCUUAUUUUCCGGGAACUCGUCGGCAAAAUAAUUUUCAAAGAAGAUCAAAGGCUUCAG